AUGAUAAAGAAGAUAUUCAAUGCUGUUGGCAAGAGAACAAAAGAUGCCAAAUUCCAACAGAAAGCUAUAAAAAAGCAAGACAAAAUUGAGCAAGGCGAGAAAGUUCUGGCACCGAGAUAUCCCACAGAAGACAAGCGCUUUCAAAAAGCUAUGAGCGAUGAAAAACUCAGAGAGCUUGUCAAUAAAAAAGAAUCAACUCUGGUAGAAAAUAUGAACAAGUUCAAUAUUAAAUCGACGGAUCCUGUGGAGCGAUGGACAUCAACAAAAGAUUUGCCUACGCGUGAGUCUGAAUGGUUGCACCGUAAUGAUCCCGUCUGGGAGUACGGGUUCUAUGAACCAGAAGAAAAGAGAAUACCAAAGAAUAAGUUGAUGUUCCGGGAGGCACUUGAGGUAUACUCUACUCUCCAUUUCUGUACUUCUAUAGAAAACAGAGUACUGGUUUUGCGAGCACGACAGGAAAUUGAAGAUGACAGCGACGGUCCAAACGCUGCGAAAAUGAGGUGA